UCAACUGUCAUGUAGGUCAUAUGACACAGUGCUUGAGGUUCACUUUUUCGUUAGAAGCGUUUCGUAACUUUGUAAAUUAACUUAUUCGGAGUUCACACACACAUAACAGGUGCAUACUUGUCUGUCGAUAUAUAAGUAAACUUCAAUUUCACCAUGUCUGGAAAAGUGGUGUUGACUUAUUUCAAUGGGAGGGGGAGAAUGGAGUCAAUUCGAUGGCUUUUAGCAGUUGCUGGAGUUGAGUUUGAAGAAGUGAAUAUAACAAAGCGUCAGGAAUAUGUAAAACUGUUGAGUGAUGGAGCACUCAUGUUUGAGCAGGUUCCCUUGGUGGAAAUGGAUGGAAUGAAGCUGGUUCAAACCAAGGCUAUCCUGAACUACAUAGCAGGGAAAUACAAUCUCUAUGGGAAAGACUUAAAAGAACGAGUCAUGAUUGACAUGUAUGCUGAGGGUGUGCAGGACUUGAUGCAAAUGAUGAUGGCGUUGCCCUUCAUGCCGCCUGACACCAAGGAAACUAAACUGGAGGAGAUAGAGAGGAAAGCAACAAGCCGUUACCUCCCUGUGUUUGAGAAGGUGCUAAUUGGCUCCCAGUACCUGGUGGGUUUUCAGUUGAGCUGUGCUGAUGUCCAGCUACUUGAAACCACCUUGAUGUUGGAGGAGAAAUUUCCAACAAUUCUUUCCAAAUUCCCUGCUGUUAAGGCUUUUCAAGGGAAGAUGAAAAGCCUACCAGCCAUUCACAAGUUCCUGCAGCCAGGCAGCAAGAGGAAGCCUCAACCAGAUGACGUAUAUGUAAAGACUGUGUGUGAGGUGUUAGACUUCAAGCUCUGAUUCUCGUCUAAACAUCAAGUAAAAUUGACUUUAAAGAGUUGAAGCUAAUAUAAUAUAUUACCUAUACAUUGUUCCAUAUUGUCAUUCCAAGUCAUAAUUUCUUGUAAAAUGCUGUGGAGAAAUUAUGACAUAAGCUUAUGAAUAGUUUAACCCUGGCAAUAUGAGUGUGGUGUAUUGUUUGCAAAAUUGUUUUAGAACUAGUUCCCUUUGUGCUCACAAGAAGUUUCCGGCAAUACCCAAGAGAGAACCUUGAUUUACUUCGAUGAACGCCCAGAAAUAGCCUCUGAGAAUUUUAUCAGGAGCAGGUGUCUUGUUACACAUUCUCUUUUGUACCCAAAACUCCUCGUGCUGAGGAAGAAUCGUGUCUGUGUGAGUUGUGUGUAUCCUAGUAUAAAAGGUGCCUGGGGACAGUCCCCUCGUAGAGCUUCUGACCAACCUGUACUGAGUGUGCAGAGUUUGUUGUAACCUUUCCACUGGCGUGACUCUUAAUAAAGUUAAUUUACUAAUUGA